AUGGCUUUUGCCGCAAGGCUGAAUCUGAGAAUGCAGAAAGAGAUUAAACUUCUACUGGAUGAUCCACCCCAUGGGGUUUCUCUUAAUCUUUCUGAAGAUGAAAAUGUCUUAUCAUCAUUAUCAAGUAUUGAAGCCAGAAUUGAGGGUCCUGAGGGGACGGUUUAUGCUAAUGGAGUUUUCAUUCUGAAGAUACAAAUUCCUGAAAGGUAUCCUUUUCAACCACCCAAUGUGACUUUUGUUACUCCCAUUUAUCAUCCCAAUAUUGACAAUGGAGGACGCAUUUGCCUUGAUAUUCUGAAUUUACCCCCAAAGGGAGCCUGGCAACCAUCACUCAAUAUUGCUACUGUUUUGACAAGUAUUGGCUUGCUGCUAAGUGAUCCAAACCCGGAUGAUGGGUUGAUGGCUGAAAUAAGUCGAGAAUACAAAUACAACGGACAAGUUUUUGACAUAAAUGCUCGGUUAUGGACAGAGAAGUAUGCUAGUCCUGCUGCUGUUGCUGCUAGUGGUUGGGGUUCUGUAGAUGCUGGUGUCCUGGCACAGAAUACACAAAUGGAGGACACAGAUAGCCUGGGAUCACUGCCAAAUACUUCUCAAAAAGUUUGUGAAGGGAGUCAAAGGAAGAUGCGGUUACUGGGACAAAAGUUAUCACUAAAGUCUGGAAGAUCUGAAGAGAGUAUGAAAACUGUCAAGCAAGAUCCAGUUCCUAGCCACUUACCAUCCAUGGCAGGAUCCACCUAUCCUAAUGCUUGUUUUUCUGAUGCUUCAGGCAGACAGAAUGAUACAUCAGAGAACAUGUCUGUCAAUACUGCUAGUGGAGUGGUUUCAAAGAAAGGUCACCAAGGCAAUAAAAAGGAUUUGCAGUUACCUGGCCAGAAUCUUUCUGUUACCUCAGAAGCCUCUUGCAAAAGCAGUGAUGGCAGUGAUAUGUUACCUAAUCAUCUUCCAACAUAUGCAUCUGCUGCUAAAGACCACGCCAUGCAAUCAUCUGAUGGCAUUUUAGAGAAUAGUUCGGCAAGGAGAAUUGGUGGAUCAUCAGCUAGUACCUAUACAGCACCGGAAGGAAACCGAAGGAAUGUCAGGGCACUGAAGUUGUCACUGAAAUCAGUGAAGCCUGAAAAGAAAAACGACAAUCAAAAUGAAAAUAUGGCUCCAAACCAUCUGUCUUCACAGUCAGGCUUUAGCUAUUUGCAGAAAAGACCCUUAGAUGCUGUUUCAAGGAAAAAGUUCAGCGGAGGUCCUGCACUGGUUCAACAGAAUCCUAACACUGAACAGCAACCGUCAAACACUAACAUGGUAUCAAAUCAAGAGUGCAAUCAAGCAGCAGCAAUCCCCAAAGGUGAGCCCGUGGCACCCAAUGAACUCCCAUUGUCGGCACCAGCAGUCCUGAAAAGUCAAUCCAAGGCUCUUGGCUUCGCUGGUGGACAGAAAGACUCCUGCUCAGACAAUUCCUCCGCCAAAGAAAACACAGUUGCCAUCGAGAAGGUCGUCGUUUCAGAUAGUGAAGACAGCGCGGACGAACGUGAAAAGCCCCCAAGAUCAAGGCUGUCAUUGAUGCGGAGACGAUUGGCUGGAAAGUUUUGA